AUGAUCAACAAUGAAUCCUUAUUUGCAUUAUUUUAUAAUGAAACACCUUAUCAAUUCUAUAGUGAAUUAGUUGAUAUUCAUUAUGAUAAAUAUGUUUUUUUUGCUGUAUGUUCAGCAUUAGUUGGUUUACCAUUAAAUAUUCUUUUAAUUGUUAUUCUUAUACGAAAUGGUUUAUUUACUCGACGCAAUAAUAAUAAUAAUUCAAUGGAAAUAUCAUAUUUAAGAAAUACUUCAACCGGUUCAUUUGAAAGAUUUCUGUUUGAAAUUAUAUUUAUUGAUACAUUAUUAAUUCUUUAUCAUUUUAUUGAUAAUUUUUUCAGUUAUAUUCAUAAAGAUCGUUCAGCUGGUCAACAUUAUUUAAUACAUAUAUCGGAUUUUUGUUGUAAAUUUUUUACUUAUUUUGCUAAAAUGAGUGUUCUUCUUGCAACAUGGUUAUUAUUUUUUUUGAUACUUAAUCAAUUUAUUUUAACAAUGAAAUACAAUGAAAAAUAUUCAUGUUGGAAUCGUAGUUUGUAUUAUAUUAAUGCAAAAUAUUCAACUGUUUUUCUUAUAUUCAUUUUUGGUCUUUACAAUAUAUAUCCAAUAGAAGUUCUGAAGUAUCAAAAAAAAGAAGAUUUGCAAGAUUAUCAACAAGAAGGAGUUGUUGGUGUAUGUUCAAUACUAUUAGAUACAACAAAUAAACAAUUAUUAAAUGCAACAAAUUAUGGAUAUAAUCUUCUUGGAAUUUCAAUACCAUGUAUAAUUAUAUUUAUUGUUUCAAUCAUAAUUAUAUAUCGUACAUUUCAAAAUAAAAAAUAUGAUGAAAAAUUGAAUAAUUCUUUUAAAUAUAUAGGUGCAACUAUUGGUAUUAUACAUUCAUUUUUUAAUUUACCAAUUCGAUUAAGUGAUAUAUUACUUAUGUCAUUAUCACCAUAUUCACCAUUUUAUUCAUAUUUAAUUAGUUUUAAUCAUGAAGUACAAUCAUAUAUAACUUUAUCAUAUGCAUAUAAAUGUUUUAUUUGUAUUAUUCUAUGUCGACGAUUUCGUUUUCAUGCAAAAAAUAUUUUAUGUUUUUUAAUUGAAAAUAAAUAUGAAGAUCGAUUUCAAAAUCGAACAAAUGGUUUAAUAAAACCAAAUAAUCAAAAACGACAUUAUAUAACAAAUCUUCGUUCAAUAAAAGUACCUGUAAGUUCACAAAGAGUUUUUCUUUUUAAAUGCUUAAAAUGUAUGUCAUCUUCAAAUAAUAUGUUUAUCAAUGUUUGUAUUUCCUGA